CUUCAGCCUGCGGCUUUCGGCCAGAGUUUGACGGGCCCCUGGCAUCGCCCAUGUCCGGGGGCCGCAUUGUGGGGGGCACCAAAGCCCACCCUGGAGAAUGGCCGUGGCUGGUCAGCAUCCAGACCCCCAAGUACCACUUCUGCGGGGGAGCCAUUAUUCACCCCUGGUGGGUGCUCUCGGCGGCUCACUGCUUUCAGGAUGCCACCAGGAGCCACAGCCUGAAGGUGGCAGCCGGCAGCAACGUCCUGGGGCAGAACAACGUCACCCGCUGGGUGCGCCGCAUCUUCUGCCACCCGCUCUACCACCCCAAGACCUACGACCACGACCUGGCCCUGCUCCUCCUCCAGGAGCCCCUCCCCUACAGCAUCUACCACAGCGCCAUCUGCCUGCCCGACAGCAACACGGUCCCUGAUGACGACAUGUGGGAGAGCUGCUUCGUGGCCGGCUGGGGGCUCACCAAAGCCGGGACCAACCGGGCCUCCUACACCCUGCUGAAGGCCCAGGUGGGCAUGGUGAACUGGCUGCUUUGCAAACGCUGGCUGCCUUCCCUGACCAGAAACAUGGUGUGCGCCGGAUUUGAGGAAGGGGGCCGGGACGCCUGCCAGGGAGACAGUGGUGGACCACUCAUGUGCCGCCCGCCCGGCACCGGCACCCCUCCAGCCUGGUACGAGGUCGGGGUGGUGAGCUGGGGCCGAGGCUGUGGAGAAGCCCGGAGCCCGGGGGUCUACACUCGUGUCUCCAACUUCCAGUCCUGGCUGGAAACCACUUCGGCCCAGGCCGGCCGACCCUUCCAGGUGCCUCAGACCCCCCUGAGCCACGCCCCCAUGCAUGGAGCCCCCCAGCUCUUUGACCCAUGGCCUGAGGGGGGCAGCUCCAGCCUGCGGGUCACCCUCAGCCUCCCCUGGUCUCUGGCAGGGGCCGGGCUGGUCCUCAGCUGGCUGGAGCUGCUAUGA